AUGAGGGAAGGCCGUGUCUGGCAUGGCCUGAAUCCGGAACCCCUGGACACUGAACCUCAGCUUGAGUGGACGCCGGAACAGCGCAUUCAGGACAUGAACUCCCUCGGAGUGGAUGUCCAGGUGGCCUCGACAGGCGCCCAGUUCUAUUACUAUGGUCGUGAUGCCCAGGCCGUUGCAGCGAUGCACCGGGAGUGCAACGAUGAAGUGCACCAGAUGACCAUUGAUUUCCCCGAUCGCUUUAAAGGCCUGGCUCAGAUUCCCAUGCAAGACGUUGAUCUGGCCAUCGCCGAACUGGACAGGUGCGUUAACCAACUAGGCAUGGUCGGCGCCAUGAUCGAUGACAAGGUCAAUGGAAAGACAUUUGAUGAGCCGGAGUUUCUGCCCCUGUGGAAGGCAGCCGAGCAGAUGGGCGCCGUCUUUCUUAUACACCAGGGCGGCAGCACUCUGGUUCGCCCGCGUACCAGCAAAUAUCACUUGCCCAACACCGUGGGAAACCUGGUUGAUCGAGCAGUGACCUUUGCCUCCUUUGUUAUGGGCGGGGUCAUGGACGCGUGCCCUGACCUGAAGAUCUGCCUGGCUCAUGGGGGCGGUUACGCCUGCUAUGGAGUUGGCCGGAUGGAUCGCAGUUGGGAUGUGGGUCGACUGCCCCAGAUUCCCCAGCCGCCCAGCGCUUACCUCAGUCGGUUCUACUACGAUUGCCUGACCCAUAGCGAGACGGCCCUUCGUAUGCUCAUCGACAUGGCAGGCAUCGACAAGAUAGUUUUUGGCACAGACUGGCCCUUCGACAUGCAGAUAGACUGGCCUGUUUCCUGGGUGCUAAGCCUGGAAAGCCUGACCCAGGAAGAGAAGGAAGCUAUUCUGUGGAAGAACAUGGAGAAGCUUCUGGGCAUCAGCAGCGCCUGA